UGCGCUCGGCUUGAGUGAGUCCAGUUGCCAAGCCAACGGACGCGGGAAACGGGCUCAGGGUUACCACCGUACCCGCAAGCGGCAAUGCGGUUCGCACCCCCAAAAGGGUGAUCAGCGAACCCUCCCAGGAAAUAGCUUGCGGCAGGUCGACCACUUAACGAGGGUACACCCACCGCUACGGAAGUGAAGUGUCCGCAUGGAUAUGGACCACUUCUCAUAAGCCUUUCCUCGGCAGCUGCUGGCUGCCCAACACUGACAACGCCGUGUCGUGUGCAAUGAAGCUGUAACGCCUGUAAGGCUCUCUGUGUGCGUGUGUGUGUAUGUGCCCCAGUAUAUAGUGUAUGCGUGUGUAUGUGUGUGUGGUUGUAUGUGUCUGUGGCGCUGGUGCACGUAUGUGUGCGUAUGUACGUGCAAGGGUGCAAGUGAAUAUGUGUAAAACGGUGCAUCCUGUGUUCAUGCCAAAUACUGCACGCCAGUAAGUACUAAUGGUCACACAAUGUUGCACAGUGCCAAUGGUCAUGCCGAUGGAGGGAAACGAUUGGAAGUUUGUGGGCAGUUUGUGAAAGUGGCCGGUUAAAGCGAAACCUUUUGAUGACGUAUGACCGACCGACGGGCACGAUUGUAUCGAUAGUGAUCAGCUAGAUCAGGUGCACUUGCAGGCAGAAGAAAAAGAUUGGAGAAAAAAAAAGCUUAACGAAAAAUAUUACACUGAAGUGACGGCAUUACCACCAUCAUGGCAUAUGAAAACAGGAUGUGGAAUAGCAGAAUAUCGUUACUGUUGGUUUUCCUCAUUUUAUGGAUAAGUUGUGAACUGACAGCAGCUUUCGAUUCGCAUCUCCGGGGACCUUCGUUCGUGAUGGAACCACCGUCGCGGCUCGAGUUUUCCAACUCCUCCGGCGGCUGGCUGGACUGUUCUGCCUCCGGAAGUCCUCAGCCCUCCAUCGACUGGCUGUCGGUGGACGGGACGUCCGUCGGUGAUGUCGGUGGCGUUCGGCGCGUGCUGCGCAACGGCACACUGGUGCUGCUGCCGUUCCCUGCGGCCGCCUACCGGCAGGACAUCCAUAGUACAAUCUAUCGAUGCGUAGCGUCGAACACCGUCGGGCGGGUCAUCUCACGGGAUGUACAGGUCCGGGCAGUUGUUGCUCAAGCGUACAAAGUUGAUGUUGAAGUGUUGGCAGCUUCCCGCGGCUGUACCGCGAUCCUGCGUUGUGUAGUGCCUAAUUUUGUUAAGGAGUUAGUAAGGGUCGUUUCCUGGGUGCAGGAACCGGCAUUCUACAUUUAUCCAUCCCUGCAAGGAGAUGGAAAGUACCACCUGCUACCGACGGGGGAGCUGCUGAUACACAAUCUAGAGUAUAACGAUCGCUACCCAUCCUACCGGUGUCGGACGAUGCAUAAGCUUACGAGGCAGGUCGUCACAAGCAAUUCGGCCAAGAUACGCAUGAACGAACAACGAGGAAUAGUUUCGCCGAGUGUCGUCGAGCAUACGUCGCAUGUAGCCGUGUCGCAGGACGAAGGUGCAGUGUUGCUGUGUGUCGCCCAAGGUUGUCCAUCGCCCGAAUACCGAUGGUACACGCACAACGGUCCCGAGCCAAUUCCCGUCUCUUCCGGCCCGCGGAUACGACUGCUCGGUCCAGUCCUAGCGAUCGAGGCCGUCACCGCCGAGGACGGUGGCGUGUACAAAUGUUCCGCGGCGAAUGCGGGUGGCGAAGCCAGUGCCGAUCUGCGGCUCACCGUCUCGACACCGAUCCACGUGGAGAUCACACCGAACGUGCUCAGCGUGCAUAUGGGUGGGACGGCAGAGUUCCGUUGCCUUGUCACCGCCAACGGGAUGUCGGCCGGUCCGCAACACAUCACCUGGUUUAAGGAUGGCCGCCAACUGCCCAGUUCCGGCCGGGUCGGCGAUACGCUACAGGUAACCGGUGUAACGCGCGAAGACAAGGGCAUGUAUCAGUGUGUGGUGCGACGGCAGGAAGGCGAUUCUUUCCAAGCUUCGGCCGAAUUACAGCUGGGAGACGCUCCACCUUCGCUGGUGUACAGCUUCAUCGAACAAACGCUUCAGCCCGGACCGGCCGUUUCGCUGAAAUGUUCGGCACAGGGAAACCCAACGCCACAAAUCUCCUGGACGCUGGAUGGGUUUCCGCUACCGACAAACGGCAGGUUCAUGAUCGGUCAGUACGUUACUGUGCACGGGGAUGUCAUCAGUCACGUCAAUAUUAGCCACGUGAUGGUAGAGGAUGGUGGCGAGUACUCGUGUGCGGCGGAAAACCGCGCCGGCAAAACGUCUCACUCGGCCAGACUCAACAUCUACGGAUUACCGUACAUUCGCCUCAUACCGAAAGUGACGGCCGUGGCCGGACAUACACUGUAUCUGAAGUGCCCCGUCGCUGGCUACCCGAUCGAGGAAAUCCACUGGGAACGGGGCGGCCGGGAACUGCCGGAAGAUAUGCGGCAAAAGGUGCAGUCGGACGGUACGCUCGAGAUUAAGGAGGUGCAGAAAUCGCUCGACUCCGGUGUGUACACCUGCUGGGCGCGGAACAAGCAGGGUCACAGUGCGAGACGUAGCGGCGAAGUCGCGGUCAUAGUCCCGCCCAAGUUGAACCCGUUUCAUUCGUCCAUCCUUUCGCUGAACGUUGGCGAUCGGGCCUCGAUUACCUGUUCCGUCAUCAAGGGCGAUAUACCGCUCACGAUCACGUGGCGCAAGGAUGGCCGACCGAUCGACCCCACCCAGCGCAUGUCGGUGACGCAGGUCGACCAGUACAACUCCAUCCUGCUGAUCGAGAAUCUGUCCGCCGACCAUACCGGCAACUAUUCGUGCGUGGUCCGCAACACGGCCGCCGAAACGGAGGGCCAUCAGUCGCUGCUGGUUAAUGUUCCACCCCGUUGGGUAGUUGAGCCGACGGACGUGAGUGUCGAACGGAACCGCCACAUUAUGCUUCACUGCCAGGCUCAGGGAGUCCCCGUACCGACCAUUCUGUGGAAGAAAGCAACAGGAAGCAAAUCCGGUGACUACGAGGAGGUACGGGAGCGACCGUAUACGAAGCUGCUGGUGAACGGAUCGCUAUUGCUGCAGCACGUCAAGGAAGACAGGGAGGGGUUUUACCUCUGUCAGGCAAACAACGGCAUCGGAACCGGCAUCGGGAAAGUUAUUCAGCUUAAGGUCAACUCUUCACCUUACUUCGCCGGACAAUCGAAGAUGGUCACCGUGAAGAAGGGUGACACGGCGAUCAUGCAGUGUGAGGUGAAGGGUGACAAACCGAUCAAUGUGGUCUGGUUGCGGAAUGGGAAACACGAACUAAACCCCUCCACAAACUACCGCGUCUCGAUCAAGCAGGAUGCCACCCCGGAGGGCAUAUCGGCCGAGGUGCAAAUAUCGAACGUGGACAGCAGUGACAGUGGGGCGUACUUCUGCCAAGCCAGCAAUCUGUACGGGCGCGAUCAACAGCUGGUGCAGCUGCAGGUACAAGAGCCCCCGCAGCCACCGUCGUCACUGGAGGCGGCAACCGUUUCCAGCCGAGUGGUGAACCUGAAGUGGCAACCGCGCGGUGGUGACGCAGCCGAAGUUUCCAAGUACAUCGUCGAGUACCGGGAGAUCGAUCGCCAGUGGCAGUACAUCGAGAUAUCGGAUCCGCCCGCCUACUCGACCAUCAUCGAGAACCUCAAACCCGCGACCAACUAUGUGUUCAGAAUAAUCGCCGAAGGGCCCGCCGGUCGGAGCUCGCCGAGCCAGGAGCUGUUCAUCAAAACAGACCCCCAGCGACCCGCUGGACCACCGCUCAAUCUCGGCGCCCGACCAAUUUCCUCCACCGAAAUACUAAUCAGCUGGAUGCCACCGUCGUACGAGUUGCGGCACGGUGAAAUCCAGGGGUACAAUAUUGGGUACCGCUCGAUGCAUGCCACCACGAACAGCUACAACUUUACCUCCAUCUCGGGUGACGGUGAGGAUGGUACGGGUGAGCUGUUGCUGGGCAAUUUGGCCAAGUACACGCGCUACACGAUCGUGGCGCAGGCAUUCAAUCAGGUUGGGCCGGGACCACUGUCCGAACCGGUUACCGCACAAACGAUGGAAGAUGUGCCGAGCAAACCGCCCGAGGACAUUCGCUGCAUGGCGCAGAGUUCGACCUCUAUUCAGGUAUCUUGGCAGCCGCCGCAAGCACACCACACGAACGGGCUGUUGCAGGGGUACAAGGUGUUUUACGAGUGUGCGACAGAGGACGCCAUCACUAGUGGCGAGAUGGAGACACGGAAGACCACCUCGCUGACGAUACAUCUGUCCAACUUGCGGAAGUUCUCCAACUACAGCAUCCAGGUGUUGGCGUACACGCGCAUGGGCGACGGUGUCAUUUCUCCGCCCUCCUUCUGCCACACGGACGAAGAUGCACCGGAGGCACCGGCAGAUAUCAAGAUCGCCAUCAGCUCCCCAUCGUCGCUGUACGUGUCCUGGCUGCCGCCGCGAGAUCCGAACGGCAUCAUCACCAAGUACAACCUCUACAUGCGUGCCGUCAACGGGCGCGAAGAGUUGAACAACGACAAACGGAACCUUCAAGCUCACCAGCACCACUUCGAAGCGAAACAACUGCAAAGCCACACCGAGUACCAGUUCUGGGUGUCGGCCUCGACGCGCGUGGGCGAAGGCAAGAGCUCACGGGUCGUGUCACAGCUCACAUCGAACCGCGUCCCGGCGAAGAUCGUGUCGUUCGGUGGACUUACCAUUCGGCCCUGGAAGUCGUCGGCGUCGCUGAACUGUAUGGCCGUCGGGCAGCCGAGACGCGAAUGGUUCAAGGGUGACACAUUGCUACGUCCCGGCACCCAGCACAACAUACAGCUGCUCGAUUCGGGUGAAAUUAUCGUGACCAUGCUGCAGACGAGUGACACCGGGAACUACACCUGCCAGGUGGACAACGGUAUCGGCACGGAUCGACUUACCCAUAAUCUGCUGGUACAAGUUCCUCCCGGACCGCCGGUACUUUAUGUCACCAGUGCGACAUCCAGCAGCAUCCUGCUGCACUGGAAGAUCGGAUCGACGGGUAAUGCACCGAUCACCGCAUUUUCGCUCCACUACCGGCGUGUGCACGGGAACUUGGAGGAGAUGCAACUAUCCCGGCACGCGUCCAGCCACGACCUUAAGGGACUGUUCUGUGGCAGCACGUAUCAGGUGUACUUGGUAGCGCACAACAAGAUCGGUUCGUCCUCCGCCAGCACCACACUGAACGUGAAAACUCAGGGCCAACCGCCGGGUAUUCCACCGGACUCGGUACUGAUAGCGCCGAACUCAACCUCCGUAGUGCUCCGACUAAACGGAUGGCCCGACAAUGGCUGCCCGAUUAUGUACUUCGUACUGCAGUACCGUUCCGUGUCUACCGGGCUGGAUGACGAGUGGCACCUGGUGUCGAACGCACUGAAACCCCAGCGACGAUUCACGCUGUCCGGACUGUUGCCGUCGACCAUGUACCGGUUAAAGAUGGAGGCACACAACGUAGCCGGUUCGACCAAUGCCGAGUAUACGUUCUGGACGCUCACCAAAGACGGAGACCCACCACCACCAGAACUAGUACAAAGAGGACAUCGUUCUCAAAUUUUUUAUAACAAUAUUCAACUCCUGAUACCGAUCAUCAUCACCAUCACCGCCACAAUCAUUUGCAUUGCGUUUACGGUGGUUUGUUACAAAUAUCGUCAACGAGGUCGGCAGCGAAAAGACACGAUGGAAAGCCAACAAACGACAGACGCACAACGGGAUCGCUACUAUGCUACGAUUCACAAGGUAGCACUGCAAGCUGGGGACAAAAUUCCAGAAACAUCCGAGGACAUCUCGCCGUACGCCACGUUCCAGCUUUCCGAAGCGAGCACACUGGCCCAACCGCACCACAGCGGGCCAGCGAACACACUGCUCCAUUCCUUCAUGUACCACGAACGCGCCAUGACCGAGGGUUGCGCCUCGCCACCACCAGCAGCGGUACUGAGACUUCACAAUCAAUCACCAUACUACAAUAUUAACUCGUCCAAGGGCCGCCGGAGACACUCGCGCAAAACGGAACCGGAAAGCGAGGAGUCCGAUUCGGACCCGGACCAGUUAACGUCGAGCCGUACCGAAUCGUCCAAUCAGCUGGACGCGAAGAUGAAGCACAGUAAGGAACUGGACGUGGCGGCGGGCGGCCCAGGCGACCACGGCUAUAACCCGAACCACUAUAUGCGUUCUAUUCCAGGUCUCAUAUAUCACGGCACGCAAUCGAGCACAUCGUCCGAUUUGUCGCCGAUGUCCGAACAAAAGUCCUUACCGCGGCGUGGCCGUUCAAGCCAAAGUCAAACGCACCACAUCUACAUGCCGCGGGGUACGAUGCGAUCGUUGCUGACGCCGCUCCAUCUGCCGGACGGCAGUGCACCGGGCGGUGGGCCCCUGUUCCAUCAGGUCCCGAUCGAGGGUGGCACGCCGGACCGUAUCGAGCUGUCCGAGGCGGAGUGUGACAUUGACACGAUCAAGAAGCUGAAGCUGGGCAUGCGGUCAUCGCUCUGGUCCAGACCGAACCAGAGCAACAGCACUACCGGCGGCGCUACCGGUGGAGUGCACGCCAACAGCAGCAGCAGCAACAACAACAACAACAAUGGCAACAACAACGGUGGCAGCAACAACAACAACAAUAACAACAACGGAACUAGUGGCAUCGUGGGUAGCAUCAUGGGAGGCACCGGUGCAGGGAAUGCGACCGGUCAUCCAUCCGACUACUCGAUCGCGGUGUAAACACGCACCUAGAAUCGCACUGACGUACAUCAGACCGAAUCAAAAUGCGACCCCUUUAGGUGUGUAGAAGGUUGUCAGUAAGGUAGGAUAAUGGAGGAUGUUGUUAAGCAGCAUACUAAGCGUGACGUUCUGUAGGUUUUUUGGUCAUCAGUGACCAUGUCCGACCGACACUAUCCGGUUGCUACCACCGAUAUACAGCGUGCUGGGUGGAGCACUCCAAUCAAAACUAGAUAAUGUUUUAUAUACACCUUGAACGAACAAUUUGCACUAUACACUUAGCAAACAACUCACAACACAGGGGGAUAAGGGAACUCGAGAUCGUGCAGCUAGGUGUGGAGAUCGUGCAGCACGAUGCAUCUCCUCUCUUAGGCUAGGCUAGCUGUAAAACAAAAAUCUUACCUAGAACCGCACGUGGAGAGUACAGCAAUGCAAGGUUAGAUAAGUUAGAUGCUGCUCGUUACAGAAGCACAAGAAUCAACGUCUUCUCAUACGGCAGUUGUUGUGUUUUUGCUUUCCAAAUGCAACACCUUCUAUUAUGCUCGCUAGUCUGUUUACAAACCUGAGAAAAAGCGUGUGUCAACACGGCCGCACUUCCUCCUUCGCUCUUAUUGGUUGCCUUCUAAAACCUAAACUAUAAGUCCACAAGCUUUAACUACGUUACUGAUGUAUAGGGACAAUGAGUGCUAAAUGCUAUCCAAUUUGAUUGGCCUUUAACUUUCCGGGUGGUUUGGCGUCAAAGCCAAGCGCCCAAGAUCUCUCUCUGAAUGCGUUACAACUGUCUUCAUUCAAUUCUUCCCAGUAAUAGGAGCUAUGGGUUUCGUGAGGAAUCUUAACAGGCUCGAUAGACGAAUCGCUAUUUCCGGAGCACGAUAAAACGAGAAUAAGAUGAGAAUAUACUACCACUACUACCAAUACUAACUACAACUAACUACUAGCGUACUACUACUGCGAGGAUUUUGUAAUCUGUGUAUAAAGACUGAAUUUUCAUUACAACUCUUAACUUUUAAAACGCAGCAGUAAGUAGAACGGUUCCGGGGCGGAUGAAAAACCGAAAUACACCGGUACCACUAACACAAAAACACGAACAAACCGUCUUACAUCUUGCACGUGCACCCACAACAACUGGUAUGUUCCUGCACUGUUCGAGCCGUUCGAGGCACGGGUGGUGAUUGCAGUUUGACGCGUGGUCCCUUUGGCUCACUUUGCGGCAUCUUCCGCAGCACAGCACAGGGCCGGGUAGGCAUUCACAGUACAUAAGGUUGCUCGCGAAUCCGUUGUCCACGUGGAUGCGUACGGACGGACACGGGAGCGGAGGAUUUGUUCGAUAGAGCGGGUAUCAGAGCGGUGUAUACCACAAUCAAAUUUACAAAAUGGCCGACAACUAUAGACGCUGAGCGAUUUGCUAGCAGGUGUUAUGUAGUAGCAGCCGUACAGUACAGUAGUUUUAGCUCAAAUGCAGCUACAUGCAUUACAGAAAGAGAAGAAAGAAAAACCCAUCUGGCAGCAAAUGACUACCGGGAAGCCUCGAUCUCGUAUUAGCUCUUAGACUCUGCAGCACUGGAGAAAUACGUGUAAACGCUAGCAGUAGAUCAAGAAAAAAAUCACACGACACGUGUUUCGUUUUUGCUCUUUACUCAAACAUAAUAGAAACGGUAACUAGUUUAAAAUAUACCUUUGCAGAAAGAAAAACCAAAACGAGUACUGUUUUACCCGUAACAGCUAACAAAAAUGUAGAAGAAACAUCCAUAACCGGUUGUACUGAUACCUGUUUGUAAGUUUUUUGAAUAUAUUAUUACUGUGUUGUUGUGUUUUUUUUAACCUAGAGGCUAUUGUGCCAACGAUUCCGAUUGGAACAGUUGAAAAAAAAAAUGGAACAGUAUUGUUUAGUGCUACAUUUUGCUACUUCAAUUUUUAUAGAUAAACAAUUUUUUCUUGUACAUUACACCGGAAGCAGGUUGAUUGCUUUUUUCUUCCGCUCUGCCUAAAUCAAUCAGUUAGUGGAGUCUGAUUGGAACGGUUUGCAAUAUUUCUCCGCUCUUCCGGGCGAGAGUUCGGUGUGUAUUGUGUAUGAAUUUUUGAGUUUUUUAUUUUCUACUAUGUAAUGAUGGUUACAUACCUUCGAGAGUCAGGAAUUUAUAUGUCGAUUAGUCGUGGUUGCACAGGCAUACACUGCUAGAGGAAGCACACUACUGUCGCUGCGCCUAUGCGGUAGACAUAGAAUCAUCACGGAGCAUACGGAUGAACGCUCAUGCACAAAAUAAACCAAACAAAACUACGCCGUUAUAUAAGAUACAGUUAGUUUAAUAUCCCCCUCCAAUCGUAGCCAAAUCAGACUCAGUGUGACCCCAGUGGUAGUUAAGCGUUAGAAGGCCAAACAUCGAACUGUACGAAUUUAUUGAUGAGCAAAACAGCAAACAGCCUAUUCACAGCAAUUCAGUAUGUUAGAUUGAAGGUGAAAUGCAACCACAACUGCAGACAACUCAUAUUUAAAACGAUACAACUUAUACUCAUAGCAUCGUCCACUGGACGGUAAUUAUACAAUUCCCCACAAAGCGUCCCAUCAGUAAUCGAGCAUCAGACAUCACCAUGUGCAAAAUUGUGUUAAAAUAUCAAACGGAAAGUUACAAUCGUUUUUGAGAAACGUAUGGUUAGUUACAAAUAUGUGCUUUUGAUUGGUUAAAAAUUCAGAAAAACUAGGUUGAUAAAGGGUAACGAAUUGAAGUAAAAAUUACUACAUACUCAAAGAGCUCAGUGAAAUAAUUCUUAAUCAUUUUUUAACGAAUUGUUGUUUAGUUAUGUGAACAUGAAAGUCAUUAACAACAAACGCCAAUGCAAUGAGGAAUUAAAUCAUUUACCAAACAUGAUUAAUAUGAUCAUUUAAAAACAAAUAAAAAUCAAUUAUGAUUAUUUAUACUCUAACUUUUAAUUUAAUGGCGGUCAUUUCGCGCCCACGUUCAGCAUAAUUCAACAACCAUAAACGAAAUAAACGGACUACCCAAUAGUACAUCGAUCCCGUAACAUACACGCCAUACAGCAACAGUUUCGGCAUAUCUUUUUCGGCCAAUUUGUACAAUUAUGACUAGGAUAGCACGUGUACCAAACACGAAGCUCUGAUAGGGAAGGUGAAAGGAAGAGAGAGAGAGAGAGAGAUGAGAAAAAAGACAUGAAAUACAACAACAAACAAACAAAAAGGUGAUCAAAAUUAAAAGCAAAUUUUUACACAAACACAAAAAAUAACAAACCAAAAAACGCAGGGCUCGUAGUACUUCUAAAAAAAUUAACAAACAAAAAACACGAUUAACUAAAAAAAAAAACUAAAUGCCAACACAGCAUCUCAUAGGUAAAAAAACAAGACAAAAACAAAUGGAAUCAACUGCCCUACACGCAUUGUGCACGGUGAAAGGAAGGAAACAAAACUCAAACAGAAAACUAAUAGUAAAAACUUUUAAUUAUAAUUAUCACGGUAACAACAAAUGAGCGCAGCCGAUGGUGAUGACACAGACAAAAUGAGCCCAAUCGAGACACUGAUGCAAGCAAAUGUAAGGUAUAUUGUAGGUAAAUAGUUAUAUAUAUAUAUAUAAAUUAUAAAUGUGUGACAGAAACCGGUAAAAGUCAAGGACGGUAAAAGGUUAAACCAUCGUUGUGUCUGAUAGAAUGAAUGUUUCUGUUGAAAAUAAUGUAAAGAAACGCAGCUAUGAUCGAUUGAAACCAAGAGCAAACAAAUAUAGAUAUAAAUAGGUGGUGUGUGGCGUGAAGCGCCUCGUUUGCAAAGUUACUUGCCGCAGGGAGCAGAAGCUAAAGCAAAACGAUCAAAUAUUAUUGAGAAGUACGUUACACAAAAUAUAAAAGUAGCCAAUAGUGGUGCCAGUGCUAAACAAUUCCAAACAAGACCUUUUUAUUUCGGUUCUCACUCAAUAGUAAAAUAGUAAACGGGGAAAAAGAAUAUAAUGUCCUGCAAAAAAAAAACACCUCGAACAAAAAGCAACACAACGGGACAACCGGCGGAACUAUUUCCAACUAGAUAUGAUCAGUCAGCUAACAGACAUUGUAGUGUCGUAGUAUAACCAUUGACUACACGAUUCCAAUCCAAAAUUCAAACUAUUCAAACACUGUCUAAGGGUAUAGGAAAUGGCAAAAAUGUUCUCUGUUCUGCAAUACCCAACCAAAAAUGGUAUGGAGAAAUGAAGGGAAUAUAAAAAUAAAUGUACGACCCAAAAAAAACCAUCACGAUACAGCAAAAUUUGUCACAAUAGGUUGCAAAUGUGCGCCACAUUAGGAGAAAAGAAAAGACAGGAAACAAGGAACUUAAAAAUAACAUGUUAAUAAAAACAAAAGACAUUG